GCGCCUUUGAACUGUUCUCGGACUUGUUCAAAAACGCAGUCGCAACGAUUCAGAACGCAUUUCAAAGAACCCUCUACAGGUUUCUCGUUUCCUUUGUUGCUUGCGAUAAAUAAUAGCGAGCACCACUCCGCUUAAUGAACUUGUACAUUUCUUCCACACAAUGACCACGCUGGAUACUCUUUCACCGGCCGUCUUGAAACGGCUAUCCAAAGAACUGUUGGACCUCAGCAAGGAUCCACCAGAAGGCAUCAAGACUAUACUGAACAUGGAUAAUAUCACAGAUGUGCAGGCUUGGAUUCAGGGGCCGGAGGGGACACCAUACCAAGGGGGAUGCUUUCGGGUAAAGUUGACUUUGGGAGGGGACUUUCCCACCGCUCCGCCAAAAGGCUACUUCUUGACAAAGAUCUUUCAUCCGAAUGUAUCCAAAACUGGGGAAAUUUGUGUGAAUGUUUUGAAAAAGGAUUGGAAAAAGGAGUAUGGGAUUGGACAUAUUCUCCUGACAAUCAAAUGUCUUUUGAUAGACCCGAAUCCAGAGUCCGCAUUGAACGAAGAAGCGGGCCGUCUCCUACUAGAAGACUAUAGUGCAUAUGCCAAGCAUGCAAAGCUCAUAACGAGCAUCCAUGGCAUUAACAGAAGCAUACAAUUCGGAAAGCUCCAAGAAAACUGUGAUGAUACAGAGGCGACCAAAACACGAAGAUCGGAAAAGAUGUGCGAGAAUACCGGACCAAACAUUAAAGCGGCUGCGGGAGCUGCUGAGGUGUUGACAAUCAACAAUGGGGGCACGACUAGCCCCAAGAAACGAGGGGCGGAUAAAAAGCUUGAGCAAGCCAAGAUGGAUAAAAAGAGAACGCUGAGAAGGUUGUAGAUGAUCUGGGAUUGGCAAUAUUUAUUUAGUCGUAAACGGGGCUUAUCGUCUCCGCAAAGGCCAUUUUUCCCUUUGUACACCUUUGUGCUGAAUGCGCUUUAUCUGGUUUUGAAAGCACACAGUUCCAUCGUGCACUGUCGCACCUUUUAAACAAAAUCAACUCCCA